GGUGUUGCUAAGGCAGGUGUACUGUGUACUUUGUGUGCUCGCUUACUUGGGCUCUCUGACCACUUUCUGGAUGUUGAAGUUACACCCAGUAAUGCAAUGGUGGAAUACUGGAAAAGAAACUUCUUUAUGGUUUUGGUGCUGCAGGCAUUUUAUCUGACGAACUGUUCAACAGAUGAAGAGAUUCCUGAGGAAUGGUUGCUCCUUCAUGUUGUUCAAGGGCAAAUAGGAUCUGGGAAUUACAGUUAUCUAAGAUUAAACCAUGAAGGGACCAUUAUGCUCCAGGUGCAGAGCCUGAAAGGUGAUGCUGAUAUAUAUGUUUCUUCUUUAACGCUUAACCCAACUUUUGAUGACUAUGAGCUACAAUCAACAACCUGUGGUUUGGAUAAGAUUACUGUUCCACAUGACUUCUCCCGGCCUGUGGGCAUAGGAAUUUAUGGCCAUCCAUCUCACAUGGAAAGUGAAUUUGAAUUAAAGGUCUACUUUGACCGAAAGCUGCGAACUGACCCUUUUGCUGAAGCAUCUUUUGACCCAGAGAAGCUGGGGGCAAAUCAAAAACAACAACAGCAACAAACAUCUCUGGAUUCAUCUCAGGAGGAAGAAUCUAUUCUAUGGACUAUAUUAAUAGGGAUUUUAAAAAUAGUUCUCGAAAUUCUUUUCUAAGCAAUAUUAAACAUGUACUGGUAUUCAGUAUAUUUGGUAUUUACAGUAAAGUAACUGGAAUUUUCUAUAAAUAUUUAAAUGUUAAGAUUUAUACAAAAAAAUGGAUGAUGAUAUUAUCACCAAUUCAAAUAACUAGAAUUUACUUGGCCUGGCAGUGCAAUCUUUUUAAUGCCUGCCCAUCCCCAACACUGUACACAUGCAGAUAUCACCAUCAUUUAUUUAUAUAGCACCAACAAGAUACGCAGUGAUUUAUUGGACCUGUUAUCCAAAAUGCGCAGGACCUGGGGUUUUUAUUAUAAUGGUUCUUUCCAUAAUUUGGAUCUCUACACCUUAAACCUUCUAAAAUAUUUUUAACAAUGAAUUAAACCCAAUAGGAUUGUUUUGCCUCCAAUAAGGAUAAAUUAUAUCUUAGUUAGGAUCAAGUACAGGGUACUGUUUUAUUAUUACAGAGAAAAAACUAUACAGGGUUUCUCCAGUAUUAUAUACUAUAGUGUUUAUUACUUAAUUUGUAUUCGUUUCCAAAACCGAUAUAGAUUUCCAACAUAUGGCAGCACUUCUUUAACAUCGACCAACUACAGCUAAUUGUAGAGGCAUAUCUCAUUUGGCAGGGGGAUGCCAACUAAAAUAUAUGGGUUAUUUACUCCUCUGGUUUUACACCUUAUUUGGGCUUAUUCUUGUUAAUCACAUGUUGACUGCAGUUUUUUUUAAAAAAAAAAAAA